GUUUAGUUUGCAAUAUGAUGUCUGAUUAUCAAGUUCCAACAGCUCGCGUAACCUCUUCAGAACGACGGGGUUUUGAAGUAUCUAUAGACGAUGAGCCGGGAAUAUCACUGUUCGCAUUCCACGGCAGUCUGAACAAACGAAUUGCUGAUCUAAAUGAUCAGACCUGGGCGGCAGAUAUCAUUGGGAAGGAUAAAGAUGGCCGAUGGACGUACACCAAUCGAGAUGUGGAGCUAAAAGACGGGGACGUAAUUUACUACUGGACUACAGUGCGUUAUAAUGGUCGAGACUAUCACCGGAUGAACCAGAGUGCCGGUUUCUAAAAAACACGGAUUUAUGGGAGGAUUGUUGUGGAUAUUCCCGUAGAAUUUGUAAUAAUAAACUAAGCGGCUUGCAAAAACUCCA